UGGGAGACCAGAUAUAGUGAAUGCAGGGUCCGGGGAGACCGGAUAUAGUGAAUGCAGGGUCCGGGGAGACCGGAUAUAGUGAAUGCAGGGUCCGGGGAGACCAGAUAUAGUGAAUGCAGGGGUCCGGGGAGACCAGAUAUAGUGAAUGCAGGGUCCGGGGAGACCGGAUAUAGUGAAUGCAGGGUCCGGGGAGACAAGAUAUAGUGAAUGCGGGGUCCGGGGAGACCAGAUAUAGUGAAUGCAGGGUCCGGGGAGACCAGAUAUAGUGAAUGCAGGGUCCGG